AUGGUUGAUUUACCACCACCUGCACGAAGACUUGUGCUUUUUGUUGGUGAUGGUUUAAGAGCGGAUAAAUUAUAUCAAUUGUAUCAAAACGAAACCAACAGUGGUCUAUUUACAAGGGCCCCUUUUUUAAGGGAUAUAGUACUUAAUCAUGGAAGAUGGGGAGUUUCUCACACGAGAGUUCCUACAGAAUCAAGGCCGGGCCACGUUGCAAUAAUUGCGGGAUUUUAUGAGGAUGUUAGUGCUGUUACGAAAGGUUGGAAAAUGAAUCCUGUAGAGUUUGAUUCUGUGUUUAAUCAAAGCAGGCAUACAUGGUCAUUUGGUUCACCGGACAUAUUACCUAUGUUUGCUGAGGGUGCUUCGGAUCCAGAAAGGGUUGACACUUUUAUGUAUGGACACGAAAAUGAAAACUUUGCUGAAGAUGCCGCUGAAUUAGACACGUGGACAUUCAACCAAUUUGCCCAACUUUUUUCAAACUCGUCAUCUGAUCCUAAACUUUAUCAACAACUUCAUGAUGAUAAAAUAGUUAUGUUUUUACAUUUGCUUGGUUUGGAUACAAAUGGUCAUGCUCAUGGUCCUCAUUCAGAAGAGUAUUUGAAUAAUAUUAAAGUAGUUGAUGAUGGAAUUUACGAAACAAUACAAUUACUCGAUAAAUUUUACGGAAACGAUAAGAAGACGGCUUAUAUUUUUACUUCUGAUCAUGGAAUGAGCAAUAGGGGCAAUCAUGGUGAUGGACAUCCGGAUAACACACGUACUCCAAUAAUUGCAUGGGGAGCAGGGAUAAAUAAACCUAACAAGGAAAAUCCAAGCGGGCAUGAUGAAUUUUCGAUGGAUUGGCAAUUAAAUAGUGUUCAACGUAAUGAUAUACUUCAAGCUGAUAUUGCUCCCUUAAUGGCUUCUUUGAUAGGGAUUAAUUAUCCUGUAAAUUCAGUUGGUGAAUUGCCUUUGAAAUAUCUUGAUAACACACCAUUGUUCAAAGCCCAAAGCAUCUUUGUAAAUGCCAAAGAAAUUUUGGAACAAUACAAAGUUAAAUACGAAUCAAAAAAGCAAACAAAAUUAAUGUUCAAACCAUUUGCUCCUCUGAGCAAUUCUACACAUUCCCCCAAUAAGUUCAUAAAAGAUAUUCAGCACCUAAUCGAUACCGAAAAUUAUAUAGAAGCCGAGAAUUUGUGUAAGAUAUUAAUUAGCCUCUGUUUGGAAGGACUGAGAUAUUUCCAAACAUAUGACUGGUUCAUGCUAAGGUCUAUAGUUACGGCUGGAUAUGUUGGAUGGAUUGUAUAUAGCUUGAAAUUUACUCUCAAAGAGUAUGCGUUUAAUGAUGACGCGCGAUUAAUUGUAGCAGACGACGAUCCAUAUGAAUUACUAAUCAAUAUCAUUUCCAUAAUUUCCCUAAUAUUGUUAACAUGCGUUCUUUAUGUUGAAGAAUCGCCUCUAACAUACUACACUUAUGUAGUAUUUCCCGUAUAUUUUUGGAGAGACGUCAUAAAAGAGCGAAAUGUAAUUUUAGACUUCUGUAGAUCUGCAUUGGGCAAUCAAAGCAUCUUCACAUUAAUAAUGCAUAUUAUUGGAUACAUUACAGCAUUAGAAAUUUUGGUUUAUAGUUAUUUUGAACGUAGUACAUUGAGUAUUUGUUUUUUAUUAGCCGCGUUAUGGCCGUGGUUGAUUUCAUCAAAGAUACGGAUCGAGAAUUCAAUAUUGUUCGUCGCAUGGACAAUUUCAUGCUUAUUUACUAGUAUUUUUACGUUACUUCCAGUAGAACAAGGAGAGGACAUUCCUUUAGUGUAUGCAUGUUACUAUCGAUGUAUUGCUUUAUGGAAAAGCUCUAAAUUUACGAUCGAAUCACAUUUCAAUGUAAAAAGUAUGAUCGGAUUUCAG